AUGUCUUCUGCCACCCCUUCUACCACCUCAUCCAUCGCGCCAUCUUCCAUUAGUGCGGAGACCGCGAAACGAGCAAUUUAUGAUGCACUGUACGCCAAGAAGGGACAGACAAGGAAAGCGGCUAGUAAGAUGAUGGAUGGACUCCUCUCUGCUCCUGACAACAAGCUUGAUGACAUCAAACUCAAAUGGACAAAGAUAAGCACUUCGGUGUACAAUCCCGAGAGUGGGCCACCAAGCUUACAGGAGCAGAGGAAAAGAUGGCUGGAACAUUAUAGCACAGAGAACCCCGACAUGUCUCUGGAAGAGAAAUUGGUCUUGACGGCAUUCCACGGGUCUACCGCACGAGAAAGAACGGACAAUUACAGAAUGAUGGACAAGAUGAUCCAAGAUACCGUUCCGACAGACAAGAAAUCGAGAAAUAUCAGAGAAUGGUGGGAGAGCAUGAAGCCUAACCCUUCGGAUGAGGGAAACAGGGAUAUAGUCGAAGAAAGAAAUAGUUGGUAUGGAUGGACGCAUGGUUCAGCUACUCGCUCCGGGCCCGGAGACUGCGUGAAUGAUGACACAGUCGAACAAACCGAAGGAUCAGCUUCGUCAUUCGCCAGGAACGAACACUCCGAGACUGUCCAGACUUCAACAUCGCCCAAACAUGAAUCUCAGAGAUCUGCGACCAGUGGAAGCAAUUCAUCUGACACUUCCUCCUGA